AUGAGUGCCACCGAGACACAAGUUCAAACCCGCUCCCAGCCUCAACUGGCGAGCGGGAGAGCUUGGUGGAAAGAAUCUUCCGUUUAUCAAAUUUAUCCCGCUUCCUUCAAGGAUUCAAAUGGGGAUGGGAUUGGCGAUAUUCAGGGUAUCAUAUCAAAGCUUGACUAUAUCAAAGCACUAGGCGUUGACAUAGUCUGGCUUUCCCCCAUUUCCCAAUCCCCUCAGGUGGAUAUGGGGUAUGAUGUCUCCGACUAUUACGCAAUCCAUCCCCCAUAUGGAACCUUGGAGGAUGUUGAGAUGCUCAUCAAAGGCAUUCGGGCUCGCGGCAUGAAAUAUGUUAUGGAUCUUGUCGUGAAUCAUACAUCCGAUCAACACGAGUGGUUCAAACAAUCGCGAACUUCGAAAACGAGCCAAUUUCGUGAUUGGUAUAUCUGGAAAAAGCCAAGAUACACCGCGGAUGGCGUCCGACAUCCACCAAAUAAUUGGGGCUCUUACUUCUCAGGACCUGCUUGGACGUAUGAUGAGCAAACAGAGGAAUACUACCUCCAUCUUUUUGCUUCAGAGCAGCCUGAUCUCAAUUGGGAGAACCCAAAGGUUCGUGAAGCUGUUCACAAAAUCAUGCGCUAUUGGCUCGACAAGGGUGCCAGCGGAUUCAGAUUAGAUGUCAUCAACUUCAUCAGCAAAGACCAGCGUUUCCCCGACGUCCCCGUUACUGAUCCAUCUAAGCCAUACCCAGAGGGUGCAAAGUACUACGCCUGUGGACCAAGAAUUCAUGAGUACCUACAAGAGCUAGGGAGCAUUUUGAAGGAAUAUGAUGCCUUUUCUGUGGGCGAGAUGCCUUCUGUCUACGAUCCCAAGGAGAUUUUGAAAGCAGUCGAGUUCGAAAGACAGGAGCUCGGUAUGGCAUUCCAAUUCGAGAUUAUGGACCUCGACCAUGGGCCUCAAGGUAAAUUUUCUCCCGGAAACUUCCAGUUGAAAAACUUGAAGUCCGUCGUCAGCAAGUGGCAAUCAUUUAUGUACGACAAUAACGGAUGGAAUGCUCUGUAUUUGGAGAACCACGACCAGGGGCGUAGCAUUUCUCGGUUUGGCUCUGAAAAGCCCGAAUUCCGCUCCCUUUCUGGGAAAAUGCUGGCCACAUUCCUGGGACUCCAGAGUGGAACUCCCUUCAUUUACCAGGGACAGGAAAUUGGAAUGACCAAUUUGCCUGAGACUUGGAAGGUUGAGAAGCUCAGAGAUCUCGAAGCUAUCAAUUUCUGGAAUGAGAUUACUCAAAGAACUCCCGGAGAUACAAAGCUCCAUGGCCAAACUAUGAAAGAGAUGCGCCUCAAGUCUCGAGACAACGGGCGCCUUCCAAUGCAGUGGGGACCAGGAAAGUUCGCCGAUUUCUCCUCCGGCAGUACCGAGCCUUGGAUUGAUACCAAUGAUGACUAUGAAAAUUGGAACGCGUCAUCUCAAGUCUCUGAUCCGAGCAGUAUCUUCAACUACUGGGCAGAUAUUUUGAAACUUCGAAAGACGUGGGUUGAUCUUUUUGUUUAUGGAUCAUAUACCCUUAUUGAUGAGAGCAACGACGAUCUUUUCGUCUAUGCUAGGUCCUUUGAGGAGAGCAAAGCUGUGGUAGUGUCAAAUUUCUCUGAGAAAAAUGUGAAAUGGAGUAUUCCAGCAGAUAUAAAAUCGGUUUUCGCUACUGGAAAUCUCCUGGUGGGCAACUAUAAAGAGCUUCAGGUCACAGAUAUCCAAGGAGAAGCUAUCACGCUGAGGCCGUUCGAGGCUUUUGUGGUGUACAAGGGCGAAUAA